UCUUUGUUCGAUAUGGAUUUUGGUAUAAAAGACUGCACCGGCCCGACAGACGGCAUGCGGCAAGCAGCAUUGUAUCACAAUGAGGUGCGCAGUCGUUCUAUUAGCUCUAGCAGCUUUCGGGGCAGCCUUACCCCAACUGCCGAAACAACGGGCUGCUGAUCAAGAGCUCCUGAAGAAACAGCAGGAUUGCAUUCUGCUGUUGCAACAGAUCACUCAACCGAUCCCGAACGAACAACUGCACAUCCUCGGCACCACCUAUGACAUCGAGAGCAACUACCAUCAUUUCGAGAACCCGAUCCUCGUGAAGUACUACGUCGGCGCUGUACGAGCUGGCCUGGUUCAGCCCAAAGGCACCGUCUACUCCAACAGCGUCAGCCAGCUUCGCAAGGAGGUUUCUCUCUUGCACCGAAUCUUACUGGGUGCCAACAACUACAAGACGUUCUUGAGCUUCGCCGCAUGGGCUCGCGUCCACGUCAACGAGGGACAAUUCCUCAAGGCUUACAUCGGGGCUGUUCUUCAGCGUCUGGACACGCAAGGCAUCAUCUUACCGCCUUUAUAUGAGAUCGUUCCUAACUACUACUUCGACUCUAGGAUCAUCCAAGAAGUUCAGGACGUUAUCACUCAACAGCACCAGAACGUCGGGCAUUACACUUACGUGCAAAAUGGCCAGUCCCAUGUUGUUAUUCCGGUCAACUAUAGCUCGCAUUUACCUCAUGGUGAACAUCAGCUCUCCUACUUCACGCAGGACGUCAGCCUUGCCAACUACUACGGCUAUAUGAACCUCGCUGGUUACUUGCUGCAUCAGUACAGUCCGCAGCAGACCCCGGUCCAGUACCAACAGCAAAUCCCCCAAACUAAUGAAGGUCAGAACGGUCAGGGAUCCCGUUACUACUACCUUCACCAACAACUUUUGGCCCACUACGAGCUGAACCGUCUCGGAGCUGGACUCGGCCCGAUCCACGAUACUGACUACGUGCACGUAAAGGCGCCGUUCCAGCCGCACCUCCGAUUCACGAGCGGUCUCGAGUUCCCUGGACGUCCUGAAUACCUCGAGCUGUCUUCCGUGAAGAGCAAACUUAUCAGGACCGUGAAGCUCCUCGAACAAAGAUUGAUCAACGCUAUCGAGUCUGGAUACAUUCUCACCCCGCAAGGCACUUUCCUCUCUCUCUAUCAGCCGCAAGGUUUGAACAUUCUUGGAGAAAUCAUUGAGGGAACCGGCCGCAGCAUCAACCCGAGGUACUACGGUAGCUUCCAAGCCGUCGCUCGUCAACUCCUCGGCAACGCUCCCGAGGUGCACAACAUCUACGACUACACGCCCUCCGUCCUUGAGUUGGGACAGGUCGCCGUUCGUGACCCAGCCUUCUACCAGCUGUACAAGAAGGUCAUCCACUUGUUCUAUCUUUACCAGAGCUCUCUGCCCGCCUAUCAGCACAACGACGUUCUGUUGCACGGUGUCAGCAUCCAGAAAGUCCAGAUCUCUCCACUCGUGACCUUCUUCAACGACUACUAUGUCGAUCUCGAAUACGCUACCACCAAUAACGUGGAACAACAGCAUCAGCAACAGAUCACGAAACCGCACAUUCAGGCACAGCUCAAGAGGUUGGAUCAUAGACCGUACGAAUACUCCGUCACCAUCCACAGCGAGAACAACGUACUUGGCGCUGUUUUCCGCGUCUUCUUGGGACCGAAGUAUGACUACAACGGCAAACCCAUCAGCAUCUCUAAGCACAGACAUCAGUUCGUCGAGAUCGACCAAUUCGCAACUGAUCUUCAGCAAGGACAGAACAUCAUUAGCAGGAACUCCCACCAGGCACCAGGCCGCAGCUUCGACUACCCAUCUGUUCAGGAAAUCAAGCAACGUGUUAACAGCGCUAUUCGCUCCCAGGAGCCAUUCUACGUCACCGAGCCCCACCAGGUCUACGGUUUCCCAGCUAGGUUGACUCUUCCCAAAGGUCACCCUGAAGGAUAUCCUCUUCAAUUGUUGGUCGUGGUCUCUCGACCCGGACAGCAGAACAUACCCUACGGACCAGUAAUUCCAGAGCAAUACCAGACCUACCAGCAGAGCGAAUAUCACGUAGUCAGCACCGAGGAUUAUCCUCAGCAGAUCCAACAGCAGAGCGGCAAGGUAGUCGGCGCGAAACCGAUCGUGGAAGUUGUACCUGAAACCUUGUCGAUCGGCCAGCAACAAAGCCAAGCCGUGAGGAACCAUUACGCUAAUAUCUACACUCAUCAACACGGACAGUACCCAUACACGCACACCCAAUACCAAGUCGGCCAAGGCCAGAACGUAUACGGUGUACAGGGUCAGCAGUACUACGGACAACAAGGACAAGUCCAACAAGGACACCAGACGCACCAAGGACAGCAAUACGUUCAAGGACAACAGCACUAUGGACAACAAUACGGACAGAGCCAGGGUAUCUACCAGGGACAACAAGGACAGUACGAACAGUACCACGGCCAACAAGGCAAGGUCGGAGUCGUAGGAGUCCAAGUACCCAGUGGCGUACAAGGAGUACAUGGAGUACAAGGAGUACAUGGAGUACAAGGAGUACAAGGAGUACAAGGAGUACAAGGAGUACAACAGAGCGGAGUACAGGGAAUUCAGAGCGGCGUAUAUAGCGGCACUCAACAAGACAAAUACCACGUCACCUACCAAGGACAGAGCCAACAAGGACAAGGAUACGGCGCACACUACUACGGUAGUGGACAGUACCACGCCGGCGGCUACCAAGGCAUUUACCAAGAACGCAAGGUUCAAGAAGGACAUGUGAGCGAAUACUACCAGAACAAGCAUAUCUCCGAGAUCAUCGGUGGUGCGAUCUCACUCGACGGCAAACCAUACGGCUACCCGUUGGACAGACCGCUGACCCCUGGUGCUCUCUAUGUUCCCAACAUUCACGUUCAGACCGUCUACGUUUACCACGAAGGACAACCCAUCAACGAGAUAUAUCAGUAAUGUGUUCCUACCAGACCAGACGCGGCAUCGCGUAACGUGGCGAUGCCACCGUCGAGAGCUAUUCACUAUUUUUUCGUUCAACGAUCAAGGAAAGUUUUUUAUCGAUGUGUUAAAGUAGCAAAUGCAAUUAAUAAAUUGCCCUAAAACGCA